AACUGGGUGGAAUUUGAUGAAGAAAUAAAAGUUGAUUGGCUGAAACUAAGUCUGACUCUUCUUCAACUUGGGAAUGUUGGCCGUGUCUUUCCGGCAGAGUCAGAGGCACUCCUUGUCACGCUGCUGGACUAUAAAACCAGACGAGCCUCAUUCUUGUUCAGCCCAACUGUUUUGCCUUUGUUUGAGAGGAUCAUUCAGCUGAGACAGACGAUUCAUUAAACCUUAAAGAAGUUUGUUGCUUUAAAGGAGCUGACUGACCUAAAUAAGCCUGUGAAUCAUGAAUAACUUCUGGAGAGCAGCAAUUAUCCUGUGUGCAGUCAUCGCAGCAUCACACUGUCUGACCUGCCGUAAGUGCCCCAUCGGUAUCUUUGGAUCCUGCCUGAUUUCAAGUGAAGUCACAUGUAACAACGCCACAGAGAGCUGCUACUUCGGCGAUGCACAGUUCAACGCGACAGGUGCGGUGAAGCUGCACACCCGCGGCUGCGUGGACAAAGACGUGUGCAACAAGACGCUGACUGGCAUGCUGUUUACGGCCGGAAUCACCACCACCUUCAAGUGCUGCGAAACAACCCUGUGCAACGGAGCCACUGCCGUCCAGCUGCCGCUGACUCUGGCCCUCUGCGCCGCCAUCAUGUCCUCCCUCUUUGGCUUCUGGGAGUUGUAGUACCUUACUAUAUGCCUCGUUGCGUAUGAUCAAUUCUUGAUUUGAUUAUGAUUCCCUGAUGAUUCUUUACUAUUACUGUGAUUAUUUUAAUUUAUGAAAUAAACAACCCCUUUGCACCUUUGUUUGUAAUUUCAUUUGGGAAAGCUGAUAGACUUUACAUUUCGGUAUAAAAGGUUUAAAUGGGCCACAGUGAUUUUAGGAACAGCACAUACUUACUCUCUGUCACAGUUAUUUGAUUAAAGUGGGAUUUUUUCCAUAGACGUAAUGUGGAUUUACAUAAGAAAAACACACAAAUGAAUGCAGUCGUUUGUGCUGCAAAUUUCCCCCCUCCAUACAAUUUUCUGCUUUUUGUCAAAAAAUCCAACACCAAGUUAUAUUUUAUUGUUUAUCAGAAGGAUUCUGUGGCCGUAAUUCCUCAAAAACAUCACAAAAACCAAAGUAAAAUGGAAAAGAUUAAAGGGAGGAGCAUUAGUCUAGUGCAGUGUUUUUUUUAGCUGUGUUGAAAUGUACCUCUGUCCUACUACAAAUAUUGGUGAAUUGACACUGUAAAGAAUGGUUACCACAUUAAAGCAUCGCACACAUAACAGGUGUGUUUGCUCCUAACAAGCUGGACUGGUUUUGUAAGCAGGAUUUGUGCCGAGAUACAUUAUCAAGGCUUGUCAGUUACAGUCAUUGUUCCAUAAAGGUGAAAAAAAUCCUGUUUUUUCUUUUUUUACUGCUCAUCAUCCAGGUUACUCAAAACCUCUAAUGCCCUCUAGUGUUUUUUAAGUGCACAUGUACAGUUACAGAGUACUACCAUUUAUUCAAGGUGUUCUUAAUGCCACUCUGCAGCACUCAUUAUCUGUUUAGGCAUUAACUAAA